UGAAAUGACCAAAUUUGACACUAACCUACGACUGGAGAAAGUAAUAUAACCGAGGUUUAUCAAUAACAAUAAUACAUUCUAUCAGAGAAAUGUUGGUGGUAUCUUAUGUUCUAUGUUUCAGUUCAUUCCUUCAUCCGCUCUUGGCGAAUAAGGAAUUACAUUUCCCGAUAUGGUUCAAGUUCGGUGCGGCCACGUCGUCGUACCAGAUCGAAGGGUCCUGGAAUGUUAGUGACAAAACACCAAGUAUUUGGGACCAUUACACGCAUACACAGCCCUAUAGGAUCAAGGAUCACUCCAACGGAGAUGUAGCUUGUGACUCUUACAACCAGUACGAGAAGGACAUUGAGAUGGCCGAGCAGUUGGGACUUGAUUUUUACAGGUUUUCUAUAUCCUGGCCAAGACUGUUGCCUGAGGGAUACCGCACUCGCAUCAGUUCAGACGGACGGCAAUACUACGACAAUUUGAUCAACGGACUGCUAGACAGGGGGAUUGAACCUAUGGUCACUUUGUACCAUUCAGAUAUGCCGAAGAUAUUUCAAGAUUUGGGAGGCUGGGCCAAUCCUGAAAUGGCACAAUGGUUUGCCGAUUACGCGGAUGUAGCUUUCUCUCUGUACGGAGACAGAGUGAAGCUUUGGAUCACGAUCAAUGAGCCUUUAGUUGCUUGUGAUAGCAGCUUAAAAGCUCUUGGCGUCGUCGAGCCAUUCUUGGCUCCAUAUUUGUGCACGAAGACUGUACUCAUGGCUCAUGCCAAAGCUUACCAUAAUUAUAAAGAUAACUAUAAGCCGAUGUAUCAAGGAAAAGUCAGUAUCGCCCACGUUGCAUUUUAUUUCGGUGCAGAAACUCAAGACGAUGCGGAACUCGCGGAACUAUACCGGCAAUACAAUUUUGGUCGUUUUAUGCAUCCAAUAUAUUCCAAGUCUGGAGGGUGGCCUGCAACCGUUGUAGAACUCAUGAAGAAUAUCAGCUCAGUCGAAGGGUUCCCGCGCUCUAGAUUACCUCCGUUAACCAAACAUGAAGUUGAAUUCAUCAGAGGUACUAACGAUUUCGUUGGACUGAACUACUACACCAGUCGCAUGGUGAGAAAGGCUAAAGCUGGCGAAGAAAGGCAGGAAUCCCUUGGUGAUCUGCCAGAGUUGAACGCGAUUUCCGAACCUUACCCUAACAGCACUGCGGGGCACCCUGAACUAUAUAGCUCAUACCCUGAGGGCCUCAGGGCGUUUAUAGCUUGGGUCACGAAAAAUUACGGAGUCCAAGACAUUCUCAUCACUGAAAACGGUUACACCAGUUACAAAGAUGACCUGAAUGAUUUCAACAGAAUCACCUUCAUCGAGAAGCACUUGGAGCAGAUUCUACUUUGCAUUUACGAAGACGGAGCCAGAAUACACGGUUACACUUACUGGUCACUGAUGGACAACUUCGAAUGGCUUUACGGGUACACAGCAAAGUUUGGUCUUUACGACGUCGACUUCUCUGACGAGGGCCGGAAGCGAACUCCAAGACUCUCAGCCCAGUACUACUCAUACGUUAUCAAGAGCAGAUCGAUCGAUUCUAACAAGUGGAAGUCACAGAUGGAAGAUACGAACGACAACAAAAAACCUAUUGAUGAUGUCGCAUAA